UGCACAUUUUAUUUCGUUCACACAUUAUUGGUUCACACACAUCAGAAGUUUGUUUUUUUCGCACGCAAAUCGCAAUCAGUUUUAAAUUCCUAACCUACAAAUACCAUCGUCACACUCUGUAUCUUUUUACAUUUAAUUCAUAAGCAAAAUCGAGAAUGUCUUGGCCAGAAGUUGCCACUGCCAAAAAGGAGAAACGACACGAACUCGUCUUAGCCGGUCCGGUAAUCACUGAGAAAAUCCAAAAGUACGGAUUGGAUGCGAACAUUUUCAGCAUCCUCUCAUUGAAUUACCUGAACAUCCACGAUACAAAAUUGGAAACCAUUCCAGACGAUAUUAAACUUUUAACCAAUCUGCAGACGCUCGUGCUGCAUUCCAAUCAACUGAAUCAGGUGCCCGCAGUCAUUGGUGAUCUGGAUAAAUUGAAACUGCUGGAUCUGUCUUUCAAUAACCUAAAAGAAAUACCUGAGAGUUUCUCCGAGUUGAAUCAGUUGACAUCACUCAAUGUCUCCUCGAAUCAGUUGGAAAGUUUCCCAAAAUUCGCGACGAACGCGAAAUUGCAAGUUAUUAACUUGGCAAAUAACAAGUUAGUUGAUUUCCCCAAUAUUUGCCAUCCGGACAUGGUGGCACUGGCAGACUUGAAGCUGCAAUUGAACCAGAUUGCAGAGAUUUCACCAGAUGUUAAAAACCUCGCAUCAUUGAAGAGCUUAGAUCUUACAGCUAAUAAAUUGACGACAAUCCCCAAAGAGUUAGCAGAUUGCAACAAACUGAAAGAAAUAAUGUUGAAGGACAAUCCCAUUGCUGAUAGGAAACUGCUGAAGGUGGUGAAUGCCAGCAAGGGGAAGCCAAUUUUGGAUUUGGUUAGGACAAUGCAUGGCACGGGUGAUUCAAAGAAAGGUGGUGGUAAAGGGAAGAAGUCAAAGAAAGAGUCUGAAUCCGUGGAUUUGCCAGACGAUCCGAACAAACUGAAACUGCAGGUGCUCAUGCACAAUGUAAAUGAAACAAUCAGUAUUAUCGUUGAUGAAGAUGUGAAGAAAGUUAGAGGUCAUAUUUUAGCUUGUAUUGUAAAAGGCAUUCAGUUUGAUGAGCAGAGUCUGAAGCAGUUCAUCCAAUUGCAAACUAAGUUGCAUGAUGGGAUAUGCGAGAAGAGGAAUGCAGCUACCUUAGCCACUCAUGAUAUUUCUAAAAUUGUAAAUAAUAAGUUGACAUACACAGCUGUGAAACCGGAGGAUUUGAAGCUUCAGCCAUUGAACAGGACCACAAUCAUGACUGGUAAAGAGCUCUUCACCAAACUGCAGCUCGAAGCGGAAUCGCUGCGCAAGGAGAAGAAACGAAACGUGUAUUCGGGGAUCCACAAGUAUUUGUAUUUGCUGGAGGGUCAAAAGUUGUUUCCAUGCUUAAAUGACAACGAGAGGACCAUCAGUUUUCCUCCGAUAACAAACUCUGAAACCACAAAGAUUGGACUAGGUACGACUUCGAUGUUUAUAGAAGUUACCAGUGCAACGUCUCAGGGAAUCUGCAGGAAAGUCUUGGACUCGUUCUUGCUUGAAACACUCCUCCUGUUGAACGCAGACUUGACCGUGGAGCAGGUGAAGAACACCGACGUCGAGGGCAAUUUGAAAUCGAUCUACCCAUCGAAAAACGAUUUGAUUUUCGGACCCGACGUCAAUGUUACUGUGACCAGGAAUUAAAUUUCCCAAAUCGCCUCUUUAUUAUUAUUAUUUCAUUUAUAAGCUUAUUUCUAUUAUUUUUUUUGACUUUGUUUCAUAUUGAAUGCUUCGUUUAUUUAUUUUGUUUUUUGUUUAA